AUGAUGGGCCUGAAGUUGUUCAGACUGCUGUUUGUAGAUGUUUUGGGGAUGAGGAUGAUGGUGGCUAAUUUGAAACAGACAGGGAUGGUGGCUCAGGUCAGGGACAGGUUGAAUAAUCUGAUAACACAUGUGACACUGGACCACCUGCCGCACUACAACUCCCCCACCGGCCAAAUCGACUCAGCACCCAAAGACUUUGAGGUCUAUCACUCCUCUACAAUGUUCAACAACACUCUGAAUGCUGCCUCCAACCAUUCUAUGAACUCCACCAACCCCAUUAAGCUCCAUGUUCGUCCACUAUGGUACGAGUUACCACUGUGUGCUGUGGCCCCUUUUGGCUUCAUUUUCUACUAUGGCGUCAAGGUGUUCAACCUGGCAGUAGGGACGCCGUGUAACAUCUUGGUCAUCUGGCAGAUCAUUACCAAGAAAAGUGAUGCUUCCACAUCUGACACCUUUAUCCUCAGCCUGGCCAUACUAGAUGCCUAUUUCUGCCUCAUGACGCCCAUCGACAUAGUCAACAGGUUGUUGCUGGAUGACAGUGGCAUCUGGUAUUUUAAGAGAUUUGCAUAUGGAAUCAAGGAUUUAGCACCAUUCUUUCUGGUGUGUAUCUGUCUGGACCGCUACAUGGCCGUGGUCCACCCUGUGUUCUUCACUGGCAUCCGUGACAACAAGAUCCGCAUUGGGAUUUCUGUGGUGGUGUGGGCCCUUAUCUUAGCUUAUGCCCUGGCAAAGUGCAUCCUGGGAUACAUAUCUCUCAAUGAUGUCUUCAGUGGCAUCAUCCUCUUUGCAUUUGCAAUGAUGAUCUUUUGUAACAUCUCCAUCAUCUGGGUCCUUCGGCGCUCUGUGAUGGGAAAGGAGGCAAUGCACCCAGUGAAGAAGAAGGCCUUGAAGAUGGUGUUGAUAAACCUGGCCAUCAUUGUAAUCAACUACCUGCCACCGGUGGCGCUCAUGCCCUUUGCAUCGUACUACACGACUGUUGCAUUUCACUGUCAGAUCCGCGUCAGCGUGUUCGCCAUCAUGGAUCUGAGCUGCAGCAUUGAGCCCCUUCUCUACAUCACAAAGAUGGAGCACGUUGAAGGGACAUGCUGUGGGAAGAGUGUUGGUGAAAAGUCGCUUGAUGUCACGACAUGA